GUGAAUUGGAAGGUUGCGCCAUGGGUAUCCACAUAACAUUUUGUCUACUAUUUUUACUGAUGAUGUUUUCGGAUGCGAUGGAAAGCAAAUAUCAGCUAUCAAACCUCACUAUGACACAGAGGCUGGAUUCACUAUUCAAACGUCCUCGUUAUGAUCCAAGGCUCCGUCCCUACUUCAACGCGUUUGGGACAAUUCACCUGAAAGAAACUUGGAUCGGAACUGUACGAGAGAAACUGAACAAAUCAUCCGGAAUUAAAGGAGAAAGAGAAGAAGGAAGGCAUUUCUUUUGCUUGUUAUCAUUACAUUCUUUCAGAGUGACCUUAAAAGCUUCUUGUCCAAUGGAUCUCAGACUUUACCCCAUGGAUGUUCAACACUGUCCUUUGAUAAUCGAAAGCUAUGGUUAUGAUAUGAACAAUAUUGCUUACAAGUGGGAAAUCGACAGCGAGGAUGGCAUGUCUUUUGUACCGAGUGACAUGAAGAUGUUACCUCAGUUCAAACUCACCAAGUUGCAGUUGUCCUCAUUAUACACCACCUAUGUUAUUGGUAACUGGUCGGGAGUGAAAGCUUCAUUCACCUUACAGCGUCUGUACAGUUACCAAGUGAUUCACCUGUACGGACCCAGUGCCCUUAUUGUCACACUCUCUUGGCUUACCUUUUUACUGCCUCGGAACCAGUCUCCUGCCCGAGUCACCCUGGGAGUGACGUCAGUGCUCACUAUAGUAACCAUUCUUACAAUGUCUAACAACGCCAUGCCCAAGGUAAAUUAUGUGAAAGCUAUUGACAAGUACUUGAUUGUAUCAUUCCUGUUCGUGUUCUGUUCCCUGGUGGAAUAUGCCAUUGUGCUUCUUCUUGAUCGAGGAAAACGAAAGUUUGAGCUAAGAAAGAAGGAAGUCGGGAACUUCACAGACAAGUGCGCUGAAAGUGUGAGACAAGAUAAUGGUAGUAGAAGACGCAAGCAGCCAGUGGUGACACUCGAAGGAAACGUGAUCCAUGCAUUCAGGAACGGACGAGCAAAAUCUGCUAGCCUCACAAAUGGAAAGUGUUUAAAAUGCUGCUCGGACGAGAACCUGGGGAUGCAUGUUCCACAAACCGAGACGCAAAGUAAUUGUGGGAAAUGUUGGAACGGUGUUCAGGAAUAUAUUUAUCGCGAAGCUUUUAUCGUUGGCGUCGAUGAGUUUUCUCUCAAGCUGUUUUCGUUUGUAUUCUUUACCUUCAACUUGUUUUAUUGGUUAACACUUUUCUUCUUUCCUGAUUAUAUCAUGUAGCACCAGGCCUAGUUAUAAAUGGAGUGAAACGCAUUAUAUAAUGUUACGUCUUUCUGCUGAGAGUUCUAAACUUCACAAAAACAAAGCAUGGUUUAAGCUGCCAAGUGAAUUGUGCCACUAAAGAAAAUCUACAACGGACAACACAACCCCUCAACAUCAGUGUACAUAUUUUCCAUACUGUUUUAUAUAAAUUUCCUACAGUGCUGUCAAGAGAAGUUGUGUGUAAAUCAAGAGGUUCUUUAGUUAGUAAUCAUUUCCUUUAUUCUUGUAACCUAAAUGUGUGAUAUUGUAAGGAGAUUUUAGAUGCUAGUCACUCUCAAAAGGGGUCAAAGGAUGAAUGUGACAGACUCCACAAAAUGGGAUUUCUUGAUACUUUGUGUGGGCAUGUUUAUCUAAUAUGUGUCUGAUCUAUGUUCUACUAG